AUGACACCAACGGUCCAGAAAAUUAUAAAAGAUAGAAUAGACUUAUACAAAAUUCUAGAGAUUUCAUCAAAGGCAUCCACUGAAGAAAUACGACGAGCUUAUCAUAAACAGGCAUUGAUUCAUCAUCCCGAUAAGCAAGUUAAUCAUAAUGACUUGUCAACAGGUUCCCCAUCGGCUUCAUCGGACAAGUUUGAUUUGGUUCUAACAAGCUUCCAAGUCCUUUCUGAUAAGUCGCUUCGCAAACAAUACAAUCGUCUCAUUCAUAUGAAGAGUCCAAAGACAUUGAAGAGAGCAAGAGAUAAUGGCUUGAUAAAGAAAUUUCAGGAUGAUUUGUUAUCCAAGGAACAAAACCAUAAAGUCGCAGUACCAAGACGAGCAGUUAAUAUUGAACAACUACAUGAAGAUGGAAUUAAAAAACGUCGAAUUUAUGAAGAAAGGGCAAACACGAAGCCCGCUAAAGCCAAUGUAAGUAUCCAUGAUUUACCGCUUUUGCAAAUGCUCGAUUUUGAAACAAAUAGACAAUUCAUAGCUCGUUUGAAAUACAAAUACAGACCGGAGUUGCAUAUUGAUGAGAGUAUAAUAACGGAAAUUAUGAGUACUUUUGGUAAAGUCAAGCAGGUGGAGUUGCUCAAUGUUGAUGACAACUAUGCAUAUGCUAAAAUCCACUUUGACAAUAUAAAUGAUUUAAAUGAAGCAGUCGAUUAUGAUUAUUCAACGGCGCAGAAAUGGGAUGGUACUGGAGUUCGCAAAUUGGCAAGUUUACUACGGUCGUGCAAGAAGGAAUACGGUCCCGAGGGCAAAGAAUGGACGGAUAAUCCAACAGUCAAUGCCGUGCUUGAUCAAUAUGUCCAAUCCGUAUCUGACAAGAAGGCCAUUAGUUUUUAG